UUUUAUGGGCUCCGGUAGCGACGUACCGCGAAAGCCAAAGUCACUUUAAGUUUAUGAUUGGUUAUUAUGUCUGUCAGUCACGUUGCCGGAAAUCCUGUCCAAUUAUCCUGCUUAUACUGUGCCCUCCCUUUCCGAUUGGUUUUGGGAGGGGUUUAAGCUGGAAGGGUCGUCAUUGGUUCGCCGCUACGGCUCGGCCUGAGCCCACCCCGGCUCGGUUGCCGUGGUUUCAGGCCCGGCCAGCCCGCCCGCUAGCUGACAGCGCGACUCAGAUAGGAGGGAAGUAGGUCCGUUGGUCGAUCGGGAACGAGGCUCCGGCGGCCAGGCCCGCGCGGAGCCGUUGCCAUGGCAGCCGCCGCCGGGGACGCGGACGACGAGCGGCGCUCGGGCCACUCGAGCUCGGAGGGCGAGUGCGCGGUGGCGCCGGAGCCGCUGACGGGCGCUGAGGGCCUCUUCUCCUUCGCCGACUUCGGGUCUGCGCUGGGCGGCGGCGCGGGCCUCUCGGGCCGAGCGUCCGGCGGGGCCCAGUCGCCGCUGCGCUACCUGCACGUCCUGUGGCAGCAGGAUGCGGAGCCGCGCGACGAGCUGCGCUGCAAGAUCCCCGCCGGCCGACUGAGGCGCGCCGCCAGGCCCCACCGGCGGCUCGGGCCCACGGGCAAGGAGGUGCACGCUCUGAAGAGACUGAGGGACUCAGCCAAUGCCAACGAUGUGGAAACAGUGCAGCAGCUGCUGGAAGAUGGCGCGGAUCCCUGUGCAGCUGAUGACAAGGGCCGCACAGCUCUACACUUUGCCUCCUGCAAUGGCAAUGACCAGAUUGUGCAGCUGCUCCUAGACCACGGUGCUGAUCCUAACCAGCGAGAUGGGCUGGGGAACACGCCACUGCACCUGGCGGCCUGUACCAACCAUGUCCCUGUCAUCACCACACUGCUACGAGGAGGGGCCCGUGUGGACGCCCUGGACCGAGCUGGCCGCACACCCCUGCACCUGGCCAAGUCGAAGCUGAACAUCCUGCAGGAGGGCCAUGCCCAGUGCCUGGAGGCUGUGCGGCUGGAGGUGAAGCAGAUCAUCCAUAUGCUGAGGGAGUAUCUGGAGCGUCUAGGGCAACAUGAGCAGCGAGAACGCCUGGACGACCUCUGCACCCGUCUGCAGAUGACCAGUACCAAAGAGCAGGUGGAUGAGGUGACUGACCUCCUGGCCAGCUUCACCUCCCUCAGUCUGCAGAUGCAGAGCAUGGAGAAGAGGUAGCAAGAGAGGCUCCCUGCCUUCCUGUCACUGCCCCACCCUGCCCCACUGCUGUCUCAGUACCAAGAAAAAGCCCAGCAGCAUCUGGGACUUGGAGCUGCACAUGUCUGGUGAGGACCUUGCCCUCACCCACAGAUGCCAUGGGGCAGAGAUGCUCUUUCCACGGCCUCAGAGCCACUCCCAGCCACAGUCUCCAGCAUCUCUGUGGACAGGGAUCACAGCUCCCAGCUUCUUCCAGUUCCCGCAGCACCAGACCAGCCUCUGCAGCUGCACUUCAGCUCCGCAGACCUGCACUGUCCCAGCAGACCUCACUUGCCCCAUGGCCUUCAUGGCGCCUUCCAGGCCUCAAACCCUUCUCUGCGUUCCAUCCUGGCCACAGGCUUAUUGCAGUCAGCAGGUGUGGGCUUAGGCGGGUACCCUGUGGCCAUGGGGACUGCGUGGGGCCCUUAGUUGGUUCUGUGCCUCUCACCAGCACUUAGACACGUCACCAGACUUUCAAGGAGAUACUGCAGUGAGUUUCUCUGGUUGGAAGGGGAGGGAUGGUGAGUCCUAGACCUUAAAAAUACAAGGUUAAGAGGGAUCCCAAAGCAAAAAAUCCCAACCCUUUUCCUCCCAGUCAUUGAAACACCAAAACUAUUAUACCGGAGGGUGUAAUGGUUUUGCAGUCUGGUUGUGGUAGGCCAGUAGUGGCCCCCCAAGAUACCUAUGUCCUAAUCCCAGGAACCUGUCAAAAUUACCUUAUAUGGCCAUAGGGGCUUUGCAGAUGUAAUGAAGUUAAGGAUCUUUGGUCGGGAAGAUUGUCCCGGCUUGUCCAGGCAGGCUUGAUGUCCUCAUCUGGGUCCAUAUAAGAGCAGAGCAGGUGACGGGAGAGCAGGUGGGAGGUGUAGUGAUGGAGCAGGAAACUGGAGUUGAGGACAGCUCAAGCCGCGGAGUCCAGGCCACCUCAGAGCCAGGAAACACAUUCUCCCACAGAGCCCUGCAAGGCCCCAGCCCUGCUCCCACCUGGACUGGCUCAGUGAGGCUGAUUUUAGAAUUCUGGCUGAUUUUAGAACUCUUAAGGAAAUAAAUUUGUGUUGUUUUAAGUCA